AUGGCCUUAGCUUCCUCAUUGGCUGCCUUGUCAUUGGCCACCGUGGCCGACUCGUCUGCUGUAGAAACCAAGACGGUCGUUUUCAAGCCCAAGACUGCCAAAACUGCUGUUCCCGUGCCAGUUCUUCUUUUCGCUCUUCAAUCCACCGAAACACCCUCCAACGUUCUCGCCAAAGCUGCUGCUGUCAAGGAGCCUCGUGUGGCCAAAGAAGACUUGGUUGUCGAAUUCUUCAAGGUCUCCCCUAAAGAGGUCUCAAUCGCUAACUUGGACAAGCUGUUGGCUGGCAAAAUCAAGAUCGUAUUGGACUCCCAAAUUGCCAACGCCGAUGACGAAUUGGUUCUUUCACUUGUCACCGAGUCAGGAGCCGCUGCCCUCAAAGCUUCCACUGCUGUCGAAUACUUGAAGUCAACUGGUAUCGAAACUGUCGUUGUUGACUUUGCUGCUGAAGCUGCUGCACUUGCUUCUGGUUCUUCCAAGAAGAAUUCCGCAAAGAAAGACGCUAAGAAGGAUGCUGCUUUGGAAGACGCCAAGUUGAUUGGUAUCACUGUCGACAAGGCCAAGGACUUCUCGUCUUGGUACUCACAAGUCGUCACUAAAGGUGAGAUGUUGGACUACUACGAUGUCUCUGGUUGUUACAUCUUGAGACCAAAUUCCUAUGCUGUCUGGGAAACCAUCCAGGAUUGGUUCAAUGUGCACAUCAAGAAGAUGGGCGUCCAGAACUCUUACUUCCCCAUGUUUGUCUCGCAAAGAGUGUUGGAAAAGGAAAAGGACCAUAUUGAGGGAUUUGCUCCCGAAGUCGCCUGGGUAACCAGAGCCGGAAACUCGGAAUUGGACGAACACAUCGCCAUUAGACCAACAUCCGAAACCGUCAUGUACCCAUACUACUCCAAAUGGAUCCGUUCCCACAGAGACUUGCCAUUGAAGUUGAACCAAUGGAACUCAGUCGUUAGAUGGGAAUUCAAGCACCCACAACCAUUCUUGAGAACCCGUGAAUUCUUGUGGCAGGAGGGUCAUACUGCCCAUUUGACUAAGGAAGAAGCUGCUAAGGAGGUCGAUGAGAUUCUCGACUUGUACGCGCGCAUUUACGAAGAGUUAUUGGCUGUUCCAGUUGUCAAAGGUAAAAAGACCGAAAACGAGAAGUUUGCUGGUGGUGAUUACACCACUACCGUUGAAGGUUUCAUUGCUGCCACUGGAAGAGGUAUUCAAGGUGCUACUUCGCACCACUUGGGAACUAACUUCUCCAAGAUGUUCAACAUCUCGGUCGAGAACCCUGAUGGGGCUGAUAAGCCAAGAGUGUUUGCCUUCCAAAACUCUUGGGGUUUAUCCACUCGUGUUAUUGGUGUGAUGGUGAUGACCCAUUCUGAUAACAAGGGGUUGGUCUUGCCUCCAAGAGUAGCUCAAACCCAAGCCGUUGUUAUUCCAGUUGGUUUGACCUCAAAGACCACUGAUGAACAAAGAAAGGCCAUCAACGACGGUGCUGCUGACAUUGAAGCCAGAUUGAAGGCUGUCGAUGUUAGAGCUAUCGGAGACUACAGAGACAUUUACACUCCAGGUUGGAAGUUUGCUGAAUGGGAAUUGAAGGGUGUUCCAUUGCGUAUUGAGUUUGGACCAAAGGACUUGUCUUCUGAACAAGCUACUGUGGUUAGACGUGACAACGGUGCCAAGUACACUGUCAAGUUGGCUGAAUUGGAAACGCGCAUUCCUGAGAUAUUGGAAGAGAUGCAAAAGGGUUUGUUGGAAAAGGCUAGAAAUGACUUCAACGAACACCGUAUUGUUGUUGAAGACUGGAAGGACUUUGUUCCUACAUUGAACUCCAAGAACGUGAUUGUUUCUCCAUGGUGUGGAGACAGUGAGUGUGAAGAUGACAUCAAGGACUCUUCUGCCACCAAGGACGAUGGAGAAGAAGAAGAAGUCGACGAAAAGGCUCCAUCCAUGGGUGCCAAGUCGUUGUGUAUUCCUAAGGAACAGCCUGAGUUGAAGCCAGGCCAAAAGUGUGUGAAGUGUGACAAGCCUGCUAUCACCUACUGUAUGUUUGGUAGAUCAUACUAAUCCUGUAAGUAAUAAUCUUGUUGUUUGUAUCCAGACUACGUGGCAUGAAUAAACGAUGUAUAGAAU